CCUGAGAAUACGACAAUAUGUCACUGAUAACUAACUCCCAAGCAGUAGCCAUCAGCACAAGUAACCCCAACCAGUGUUGUUAAAUGUACUUAGCGUAAAGAAGUCAUCUCCAUGAGGACAUCAAGAUGAAUUGUCUGCGCCAUCUUCUUUACUUCGCAUUGUUGGCAACAGCCAGGGGCCAGUACACCCCAGACUGGGAUUCUUUGGACUCUCGCCCCCUUCCCCAGUGGUACGAUGAUGCUAAAGUCGGGAUCUUCAUCCACUGGGGGGUUUUCUCUGUCCCGUCUUAUGGGCUGGAGUGGUUCUGGUACCACUGGGAAAAUGGAUUUUCAACUUUCGUCAACUUCAUGGAGAGGAACUACCGACCCAACUUCACAUACCCAGACUUCGCUGCCCAGUUCACAGCUGAGUUUUACGAUCCUCACCAGUGGGCUGAGCUCUUCAAAGCCUCUGGGGCGAAGUACGUCGUGCUGACGAGUAAGCACCACGAGGGGUUUUGUAACUGGCCUUCCAAAAACUCUUGGCCUUGGACCAGCAUGCAACUGGGGGCUAAGCGGGAUCUAGUUGGUGAACUGGCCCAAGCUGUCAAGGAAUACGGACCAGAGUUGCGUUUUGGUCUCUACCACUCUCUGUUUGAGUGGUUCAAUCCCCUCUUCCAGGACGAUCAAAAGAAUAGUUACGAAACUAAUGAUUUUGUGACCCGGAAAACUAUGCCCGAGUUAUAUGACUUGGUAACCGCCUACGAACCGGAGAUCAUCUGGUCAGAUGGCGACGCGGGGCCGGACUGGUACUGGAACUCUACCGUCUUCAUUUCGUGGCUUUUCAAUGAGUCUCCGGUGAAGGACAGCGUUGUUGUCAAUGACAGGUGGGGAUGGGGAUGCCCUGGCAAUCAUGGGUCGUACUAUACUGUUCAAGACAGGUAUAAUCCAGGAAUUCUUCAGAACCACAAGUGGGAAAACGCCUUCACGCUCGACUAUAUUUCUUGGGGUUAUAGGAGGGAGGCUCGUGUCUUUUCCUACCUGCCAAUUGAAGAGGUUCUCUAUCAACUAGUGUCGACAGUUAGUUGUGGAGGGAAUAUUUUGGUGAACGUUGGACCGACCCAUGACGGGAUCAUUCCCCCAAUUAUGGAGGAACGUCUAAGGCAACUGGGUGAAUGGCUGGCCAUCAACGGGGAAGGGGUGUAUGGCUCACGCCCCUGGCUUCACCAGAAUGACACCUUGACAUCCGGUGUUUGGUACACAUCCAAAAACGAUAAAACCUAUGCCUUUGUACUGAACUGGCCAGAGGACACCUCAGUGACUCUGGGAGCUGUUGAAGCCACACCUGACACCAAAGUCAACAUGCUUGGUUACGUCGGAGAGCUGGAGUUCACCAUCCAGGAUUUGGGCAUGGAGGUUAUUUUCCCGAAGAUGUCGAGGGUGAAAAGCCAGUGGGCCUGGGUGCUUGAGAUGACCGCUGUCAAUGCCGCUUAAUGUACAGAUGUGAAAACAAUUAAGACACUGAAAGGGCGAGGACAACUAAUAAAUGUUUCUUCAUCCAUGUC